AUGCCUACCAGGAGGGUCCGGGACUGCGACCGAAGGCGAUGCGCCGAGGCCUGCGAUAACUGCAAGCGCCGCAAGCAGAGAUGUGACGGUCGGAGGCCUUGUGCCCGCUGUAUCAAGCGUGGCCUGAAGCUCGAUUGCCAGGAGUCAACGACCACCUCUGGUGGGAGACGCAUCGUCGCGUCUUCUUUGCCCAGCCCUGAUCCAGAUCGGAUAAGCAACACGACGGGACAUGCUACCCCAGAAACAUCGGGACCGAUAUCUGCCAGCGGAGCAUCGGCCCUGGCGUCAAUAGAUGAGACCUACGCUGGCGAUGGACAGACGUUGCAGCUCCUCUCAAACACACAACCAGAGCGAUUGCCUCGGAUGUCACGGCUCAUCCAAGACACGAGAGGAGAGUACAUGUUCAUCGGGGACUCAGCAACACUAUCAUUUCUUCAAAAUAUUCGGCGCAUUGUGCGACGCAGCAUAGGGGAUUGCUCCCUCGUUGACGACCCUUUGCGACAUGGCAUUGUGGAGGCGUCGCCUGAGACACGGCGAGGAUGGAUCUUAUCGAGUGCCCAAAACCCGCCUCCGAGGCAGACUGCUCCCGAGGUGGACUAUCUUCAGAGAUGGUACAUGCAGUCUGCCAAUUGUGUGCUGCUAUUGUUCGACCAGAAGGAACUGGAGAGUGGCAUCCACAAAUGGUUGGAGGAUGGCCAGGACAUGGCAGACCCUGCGAGUUCCGUGUACUACCUUGUCUUUGCCAUUGGAGCGCAAACUGGACCUGAAGACAAGGACGAUCUUGCCGAGAUCUUCUUCAACUAUGGCCGCUACUUGACGGUUGAAACUUUGAUGGAGGAUCCUGGCAUCACAACAAUCCAAGCCUUCGCUCUGAUCGCCAUGUAUCUGCUCGGUGCUUCACGUCGCAACGCUGCCUUCAUGUAUCUCGGCAUGGGCGUGCGAGCUGCCUAUGCGAUUGGCUUGCACCGACAUGACAUUUCCUCCCUCUUCUCACCAGCCGAGUGCCGCACUAGGGAACGUCUCUGGAAAGCGAUACGGAUUCUCGACCUGUUCAUGAGCGCAUCGCUUGGUCGCCCACCGUCAACAUCAGAACUUCGAGACACUGCGAAUCCCCAGGACUACUCCGCCUGUAACGACCUCUCGAUGAUCUUCGAGUCCAUCCUCACAGACGUUUAUGCAAAGCGCAUGAUUUCUCCCGAGGUCUUGGAGCGGAUCAGCAAGCAUCUGCGCCGCUGGACGGUUCAGUGUGCCGAUGGUCUUGCGCGCGAUGGCAUUGAAGAGGAUGAGUUUAUCGAUGACCAAGCUGGAGGCAAGCAGCCUAACAUUGGUCUCAUUCAUCUCAAGCAGACGGGUUACUGGACCGUCAUGUUGCUAUCACUCCCGUUUCUUCACAAGGCAGUGUCUCAGCAUGUCGAGGCCAAUGAAUCAUCACUCCGUGGAGAAGAGAGGCAGCCAUCAUCAUCAUCUUCCAACGAGGUUUUGGUGCAUUCUUGUCUCGAAUCGGCUGUUCGAACUGUUGAUAUUCUUCAUGUCUUUGUUAAGACCGACACGAUUCCCAAACGCUUGCCAUUCGUUGGAAACUCGGCCUUUGUUUCUGGGCUUGUCCUAGGUGCAGCCAUCUUUGGCGACUUUGACAACUCAUUCCCUCUUCAGAAAAGCCUUACUGCUACGAGGGGCGUCCUUGAGCGUUUCAGCCGGUACGAUGCUGUAGCAAAGCGUCAUUUGAUGAUUCUGGAUCAUCUACAGAGUGCCUGCGACAUCUACAUGGAGAACCGAGCGCGGUUGAGGAUGGAACGGCAAGGGCAUCUUGUGAAUGGUCUUUUUGGGAGCAUACAUUCCAUCGGAAGAUCUCCAUUUCACAAUUCGUCCCAGUUGGAUCCCGUUACAAGGCUCUCGCCGGCUGGGCCAUCUCAAGGUAUCCAGGGACAAAUACCGGCACCCGAAUCAGCCAUGAACCAUGAGAUGGUUACAGACGCGACCGGGCAGCUGAUCAACCAGGGCGAAGGACAAGAGCAGUCAGAGAUCACGGUUGCAAACGCUACUGAUCAGAUCCUCGGCAUCUCCCCCAACAUGCUCUGGUUCGACUCGUUCGAUACUACCAUGUCUCUCUUCCCCAUCGUUGACACACACGUUAUGGGCAACGAUUUGACAUGA